AUGCGACUUCGCGGUGUGUUUCGUGCAGCCAAGCUGCCCAACGGACAACGCGCCAUUGGCACAAAGUGGGUGUUCAAGAUCAAGCGCAAGGCGGAUGGGUCAAUCGAGAAGUGCUAG